UGUUGCUUCAGUGGGACCCAAACCUGUGUAUCCGGAGAAGGAAAAACACCUCAAGUCGAAGCACGCUGUCAGCCCCGCAACAGCGUUGUUCCUCCCAAUAUGACAAAGAAAAUUACAAUCCAUUGAAGGUCCUAACAUGCUCACACUCUCUGGAGAAUAUUUCAGCAAAACAAGGUACAUACCUGAAAUGUUUUUACUUGUACAUCUGUGUCUGUGUAUUGUUUAUGUGUGCAGCCUGAAAUCUAGUUAUGAAAGCUAAGGAUUCCUCUGUUGUCUUUCUCCUUCUUGUUCAGGGUCUGUGACGAUGUACAACUUUACAUAUCUGCCCUCUGGCCAGACGGAACAUGCCAAUACAAAAUGCAGUGAAUCAUCCAGAUGUUUCUCCACUUGUUCUGAGCCAGAGAACCCAUGUACCUUUUCCACUUUGUCCUCCUCCUGUUCUUCCUCAUUUAACCUUAAAUGUGAGAAAACACAGGAACUCCAGAGCCCAGAAAUAGGGUUGGCCCCCCGCUGUGCACAGCCAUCAGCUGGCACCUCGGAGGUGCAAUAUCUCAAAAUGUCCACUAGCCAGAAGUUUGAGUCUUCUGAACUACAGCUGGAGUACCUGGCUGCCAGAGUGGUUAAACAGGUGCUUAACAGUGCCCUGCACGUAAUGGAUAAUCACAGCCAGGAAAACAUUUCUGACUGUUUCAGCAAGUCAGGAGGCCAGACAAACUGCACCAGCACAGAGAGAUCCUGUGAAUGUAAUGUUUGCCAACAUUCAGCUAAUGGAGACAGACAAAGACUGGGGGCAAAGAAAGAGAAAGUUCAAGAUGGCAAGAGGGGGAGUGGAGUGGAGCAGAAGACAGGAUGGGAUACGAAGAAUAGGGAGGUGGGGAGUAGGGGCACAGACCAGGAAAAUGUCCCUAUUUGUUGCCAUGGUACCUGUUUCCAGGACAAUAGACCAGGCUUGGAUGAGUUCAAGGAGUUUUUGCGAGGAACACCAGGAGAAAAGAUAGUUAAUCUCUGGAUGGAUGUAGAAAAACUGAAGGCUAUACAGGACAGAGAGCGGAAGAAGAGUUCCAGGUUCUUGGUCCUGAUGAGGAGCAGGUACCUGCUGAGCAGCAGUCACAGCAGUCUGAAGGCAGAGCUGCUCUCCAGGCUGGGGCUGACGACCUCCCCCUGCUGGACAGAAGAGAAGCUGUGCUCAGUUCAGCCGUGCCUCACUGAGGCUCUGCUCUACUACUGGGCUCCGAGGUUCUGGAAGUCUCAGUGUGUUUGGGAACAUCGAGUUGACCCCUCUAAUACUGGGCUGGGGACAGAACGAUGGAGUAGCAGACAACUCCACCAUGACUCUUUGACCCUGCCUCCCCUCUACCCCGAUACCUGCUUGUCCCAGUCUUCCCAUUCUGUCCAUUCACAGUUAUACUCUGGCAGAAAUCUGUUACUGGGAAACAGAGGAAUGCAAAAGAUGUUACAGGCUCUCUGUGUUGACUCACGUGCUGGCUUGUACUUCACACACUUCUGCGUACAAUCUGGAAACCAGCUGUGGGCGAAUGCUGUUUACCUCUGGACUGACCUGCAGCACUACCAUGAGCUAUUCUACCAGGAUGGGAUGGACCCCUACAGGGUACAGAGAGAGGCACAGCUCCUUUAUUCCACAUAUCUGUACCCUUCUGCCAGGAGGAGCAUUGGUGUGGAUGAGGAGAUCAGAAGGAAGGUAUAUGACAGACUAAUGCCGGCUUUUGAGGAGCUCUUUGACGAGGUUGAGGAGCACAUACUGAACAUCCUGCUGCAGCCAUGGACACUACUGCUCAGCCGGGACAAAGAGUCCUUCCAGAAGGUGUCUGUGCAGGAGGAGGUCCACAGGGUUGAAAGUCAGGAGUACAGGGAACUCCAGAAUGUGUACAAGGAAUCCGAACGCCGACUUAAACAGGUGCAGCAGUCUGAGUCCAUGCUAUCCCUCUCUCCUACUGCUUCUUCUACUACCUUCUCAAAGGUUCCCAGAGUGCCUGAGUCUUGGUCCAGAGUGUCUCCAAAUUACCAAGGUUACCGUCUAGGUUCCUUACUUCGUCACCGCCAUGAGAUCGGGCAUUUUAUGUCUUUCCUCCAGAAUCAGGAUGCCAGCAUUCAUCUCACAUGUUGGCUGGAUUUGGAGCAGUACAGGAGGACUCCUCAGAAGGACAAGGCUGUUAAACAAGAGAGGUCCUCUCACAUUGUAACCAAAUACCUCAACAGGAAGUACUUCUUUGGCCCUGACAGCCCUGCUUCAACAGAGCAACAGAAUGAUAUAUUGCAUCUGGCAGGUGGACUAGAGCGUCUGAAGCUAGAGUGUCUCUCAAACCUGGUUGCUGUGGAGAUCCAGGACAUUGUCAGGAAUCACAUUGAGAAAACAUGGCUGCCUCAGUUUCUGUCCACGGCUGAGUUCACAGAGCGACAGAAACACCAACCAAAGCCCCAAGCAGCAGAAAGGCUCUCACAGCACAGCUACCAUCGACGCAGGACAAGGAGAGAAGCCUGGAAGGCCGAAGGCUUAUGGAUGAGCUCCUCCAAAGAGAUUCUCCUGUUUCGACAGAUCUUACUCAACCCUGUCACUAGUAUGCAAUUCCAGCACUUUAUCUCCCUGAAGGGAGACUUCCUGGAGAAUGACAUGCUCUUUUGGCUGGAGGUCCAGAGGUAUAAGGACCUUUGUCAUUCUCACAGUGAUGAGGCCACUAUCCAGCAGAAGAUCUCCACCAUCAUCAACUGUUUUAUCAACUCGUCCAUGCCCCCCGCCCUGCAGAUAGACAUCCCUCCUGAACAGGCCCAGCACAUUCUGGAGAAACGCCACGAGCUUGGCCCUUACAUUUUCAGAGAAGCACAGAUGUCGGUGUUCAGUGAAUUGCUGAAGUUUUGGCCUGAAUUUCAAGAGCUGAGCAGCAGCGUCCAAGAGGAGCAACUCCUUCCUCUGCUGCAGGAGGAACGAGUCAAACACAGAGCCAGAGUGCGAAGACAGAGGAGGAAAGAGGAAGAGGAGGAGGAGGAGGAUGAGAGGAGGAGAGUCCAAGAAGAGCAGGAGACACAAGAGUCCAGUUUUAGAGAGGAGGAGGAGGAGGAGGAGGAGGAAGAGGACACAGAUGACGAUGACAUGGAUGAUGUAGAAGAACAAAAAGAAGGAAGAAGUGGAAAAAAGCAGAUGAGGAGACAGAGCAAAGUGCUGCUGUCUCCCACACAGCUGCUGUCGUGGUCCUACUCCAAGUACAUGGCAGCUCUGAAGAGAGAGGAGGUGCUGCUGAGGAGAAAGAGUCAGCUGGAAGCCUCGUUCUCCACAGCCUCAGACUCCUCUUCUUACUGCAGUGUCAAAUCAGCAGGCAGUAAACACAGCCACAGGCAGUCACACUGCUCCUCCAGAGCAGACAGUAAAAAGUAUAACAGAUACAAGAGUAUGUGAACAGAGCUUUUUCAGUGGCUCGACACGACGUUUUGCCUCCAAAACAUAAUUCACUUUCAUGCUUUUCUGCAGGAGGUGUAAAGUUUCAUGAAAUGAAAGCAAAAUGUAAGAACUGACUUCACGCAGCUCAGCUUCAACACAGGUGUAUGGGCUCAAAUUAGGGUCAAAAAGAGUUUGAGUUUGUAAAGUUCAUCCAUCCAUUAUCAUUACUGCUUAUCCUUUGAGGGUUGGUGGGGUGGCAGGGAUGAAGCCAAUCCCAGCUGACACCCUAGACACGUCACCAGUCUAUCACAGGACUGGAGACAAACAAUGACUCACAUUCACAUCUACGGGCAGUUUAGAGUCACCAGUUAACCUGCAUGUCUUUGGACUGUGGGAGGAAGGAGAUCCCAGAGAGAACCCAUGCAGGCACAGGGAGAACAUGCAAACUCCACACAGCUUUUUUCUACCUACGUAUAGACUUUCAUGCAGAAAGUCACAGGUUUACGAAGGCUGAUUUACAACUACAAACGCUGGAGUUAUUAGUGAAAAUCACUUAACAAGCUCAAACUCUCACUGACUCUAAUUUGAGUCCAUACAGAUGAGAGUGACUGACACUGUUAUCAGAGCAUGAUGAGCUGCUACUUCUAUCUUGAAGAUGAAGACGUUUAAGGAUGAGUUUACACAUGAUGUAAGAAUAAUUUUUUUCAAAUCCAGCGUAACAAACACCUCCUAACUCUAUCUUCUACUGCUCCUACUGAGUAAAAAACAAAUGUAACUAACUGUACUGUUAUUUAGAUUUCUUUUCUGACAUAGUGCACAAUGACAGAAUAACCCUUUAUAUAAUUUUUAAUAUUUUUUUUAAUUAAAACAUUUCCCCAUUAAUAUCUAUUUAUAUACACUAAAGGCAAUAGACUUAGUUUUUACAUAGACCUUGGUGGUACAACAAUAUAAAAGGCAACAAUAACACGUUGGCAUUAAUGUAAGGUUGCAGGGAACAGUGUUCUUGUCAAACAACUAUGUCACAUCAUCUAAAAAAAACAUUUUGGUUGACAGCUGAUAUCUUUAGCAUCCAUCAACAUGUAUAUAAUAUUGCACUUAACAUUGGCUCCAUGGAAAAUGUAAACACUAAGAGCUUAUUCAGCAGAGUGAAACACUGCAGACAGUUUAGAUAGAAAUGAAACAGAUCUAAGUGACUCCUGUUUGUCGUGUCCUGUGCAUUUCUAUUUGCAACACUGAAGAGGUUUCACACUGAGUGAGCAAGCCCUAAGUUUAAGUUGACACAAAUCUUGUUUUAGUGUUCACUACAGUAUAUGCUCAUUAAAAUGUUCUACCAAAAGAAAUGUCUGAGCUUUUGUGUUUCUGUGAUUAAAACUGAUUGUAAAUCCUCA